AUGUCAUCUUCAUUAUCACUUUUCAGAUAUACAACCACCAUCAAUAAAUAUGCGCACCUACCAAAAACAUUGUUGAGCGGCAGCAGUGGUGGUAUUAGCAGCAUCAACCAACAGGCACCAUCAUUUUAUAAUAAUAAUAGUAGUAGUAAUAAUAAUAAUAAAAAAGAUUAUUUGUAUAGACAGCAACAAUCGCAACAACAACAACCUCAACCUCAACAAUAUAUUACACCAUUAAAUAGCGCAACACAAAGAUUAUUCCAUACGACAUCAAGUCUAAACCAAUCAACCAAAUUAAUGUCUGCCAUGGCAAGUUUAGCCGAUAAGAUCAAAAAGGGAUCUUUUAUGUUGGAUGAACACAACGUCGAUAGAAGUUUCAACAGUCACAACUACGAAGUCAAACUUCUCGAUCCACUUGGAUUACUCAAUCCAUCACCAGACACCAAGACAAGAAAUAGUGCUGACAUCUUUAAGAUGGUCGACUCUGACCUCCAAAAACUGACAAACAAUAUUGUCGAGCACAUCAAGAAUCAUCUUUCCGGAAAUUCAAGUAUUGGUUCUGGUUUACAAAAACCACAUCCUAUCCUAGUUUCCAUUUCAUCAUAUUAUUUUCAAUUAAAAGGAAAAAGAAUUAGACCAACGAUUAUAUUAUUAUUGUCAAGGUGUUUAUUACAACAAAAAAAUAUUACCGAGCCAAUUGCCUCACAAAUCAAAUUAGCAGAGAUUGUUGAAAUGAUUCAUACUGCUACUUUGGUACAUGACGAUGUCAUUGAUGAAGCUACCACACGAAGAGAUGUUCCAUCAGUCAACAAAUCAUUUUCAAACAAAUUAUCAAUUCUUUGUGGUGAUUAUUUAUUAGCAAGAGCAUCAGUAUUAUUAUCACAAUUAAGAAAUCCAGAUGUAUCAGAAUUAAUUUCAACAAGUUUGGCAGAUUUGGUUGAAGGAGAAUUUAUGCAAGUCAAAUCAAACGAAUCAUCAUUUGAACAAUAUUUACGUAAAACCUAUUUAAAGACUGCUUCUUUAAUAUCAAAUAGUUGCAAGGCUACUGCCUUGUUGGGAGGUGAAGAUGCGCAUACUGCCAAUUUGGCAUUUGAAUUUGGAAAGAAUUUGGGAUUGGCAUUCCAACUGAUCGACGAUCUUCUCGACUAUACCAGUACGACAGAGGUGUUGGGCAAACAGGCAUUUGCAGAUUUGGCACAGGGGUUGGCCACUGCACCCGUUUUAUAUGCAUCGAUAGAACACCCUCAGCUGUUGGACAUGAUCUCUAGAAAGUUUUCAGCCGACGGAGAUGUCGAGGAGGCACGUUCAUUGGUUUUCAAGAGUAGAGGUAUCGAAAUGACCAGAGCAUUGGCCACAGAAUAUAUAAACAAAGCAAUCGAAAUUUUAAUUCAAUUCCCAAAAUCUGAAGCUAGAGAUGUAUUAAUUUUACUUUGUCAUACUAUAGUUACAAGAAAAUUCUAA